GUAUAGUAUAAUCAGGCCCAGACGCACCUCCACAUGUGCUUACCCCGCAUACCCCUCCAUCUCUCGUAAAAAUAUAUCUUCAACCCCUCACGCUCACAUCCUUCUCCUAACAUCCCCAUACCCUCAAAUCUUUAUACCCUCGUAUUCCCCUACACACCCGCUACUACCACAUCACCGCCACCACAAUGGCCGACCCCACCUCCCUCCCCCUCACCCGCGCCUCCGUCCUCUCCGCCCACACCCUCAUAACGCCCUUCAUCCACCGCACCCCCGUGCUCACCUCGACCUACCUCUCCCAGCUCGCCUCCACCCCUCGCGCCGCCGCCGAGCUCGAAGGCACACCCUGGGCUGGGCAAACGCCCGCGAACCCAAAGAUCAGAUUCUGGUUCAAGUGCGAGAAUUUCCAGAAGGUGGGUGCGUUCAAGGCGAGAGGCGCGUUUCAUGCGCUGCUGAGGCUGGUGGAGAGUGAAGGGUGGGAGGAGGGGGGAGGGAGGGAGAGGGGGGUGGUUACGCAUAGUAGUGGUGAGUUCUUCUUCUUCUUCGUCCAGUCUCUGGAGGAUAUAAAGCAAUUGCUGAUUCAAUUACCAAACAGGCAACCACGCCCAAGCCGUCUCCCUCGCCUCCGCAACCCUCAAAAUCCCCUCCCACAUCGUCAUGCCCCGCAUCAGCACCCCCGCCAAAAUCGCCGCCACCCAAUCCUACGGCGCCCGCGUCCUCUUCAGCGGCUCCACCGCCCCCGAGCGCGAAGCCGUCGUCGCCGAAGUAAUCACCGAGACAGGCGCUACACUUAUCCCUCCCUACGACCAUCCGCAUGUGAUGCUUGGACAGGGGACCGCGGGGUUGGAGUUACAAGAGCAGGUUUUGGAGGCGCAGAAGGAGAUUGGGAGGAGCGGGGGGCUGAAUGCGAUUAUCGCGCCUUGUGGGGGGGGGGGUUACUGAGUGGCACGGCGCUGAGUGCGGAGGGGACGGGGAUUGUGGUUUUUGGCGCGGAACCGGAGUUUGAGGGCGCGGAUGACUGUAAGAGGGGUCUUGCGGCCGGAAAACGGAUCGAGGCGGUCAAAUCAUUAACGGUGGCUGAUGGAUUAAGGACACCCGUGGGAGCGUGGCCGUGGAAGGUGAUCAGUGAUAAGAAGCUGGUGAGGGGAGUGUAUAGUGUUACUGAGGAGCAAAUCAAGGCUACGCUGCGCUUGGUGCUGGAGAGGAUGAAGGUGGUUGUUGAGCCGAGUUCGGUGGUGGGGUUGGCGGUUGCGUUGUGGAAUGAGGAUUUCAGGAGUGUCGUUGAGGCGGAGCAGGGACGGGAGGAGUGGGAUUUGGGUGUUGUAUUUACGGGUGGUAAUGUGAAUCUUGAGGGAUUGGGGAAGUUAUUUGAGGCGAAGUAA